AUGGAUGUGGAGGCUCUCACAAAACUAGCAAUUGACGGAAAAACUAUUCAUGUGCUGAUCAAUAACGCUGGUCUAUCGAUGCGAGGAUCUAUCCACGAUACCCCUAUCAACAUUUAUAAGCAAUUGAUGGAUGUCAACUUUUUUGGACAUGUUGUAGUCACUCAAAAGUUGCUAGACGCAAUACCUGAUGAUGGAUGCAUUAUUGCGACAAGCAGUGUGCAGGGAAAGCUACCCAUCCCUUACAGAAGUGCCUAUGCAGCUAGCAAACACGCUUUCCAGGCGUUUUUUGAUUGUCUUCGUUGCGAAUCACGCCCUAAUCUACACAUACUUACCGUCUCAGCUGGUUACAUGAAUACAGGUUUUGGCACGCGCGCUUUAGAUGCUCAAGGACAUCCUGUGGGCAAAGAGGAUGCUAACCAAUUGAAAGUAUGCGAAUUCAUUUAUUAUUUUAUUUUUGUACAUGAAACAAGAAUAUUUAUGAAUUUUGUGAAUCUAAACCAUUCGAUGAGGAUUUGUCACUAG